AUGUAUCAAGAGCAAAACAGUUCACAAGAAGAAACACCAACAACUAUCCCUAAAAGGUCAACUAUGGUAACAGCGGACAAGAACGAUAUCGCCAAAGCUUUUGAUAAGGCGCUUGACGAAAUAUCAAAACAUAUUAAUGAAGGUGUAUCAGUAUCGACGCCUAUUGGAAAACAACCCCAAAACAACAAUUUGAAAAUUAGUCCUGCUGAUUCUGACAAAUCAGCGUCAUCGGGUCACUCUAGUCAAUCGAGCGGUCAAACCAGUUCCACUUCAAUCACUGAAGAAUCUAUUGAAAUUAAAGCCUCGGGAAAAUUCAGGAACGAUGGCAGACCUUUACCUUUUAACAUUCAUUUUAAGGAUUCAUUGAGUCGACUGGAAACUGUGGAUGAGAAUCCCGAAGAAGGUCGUACAGCUCCAAGUUCACCAAUCGCUUCUCCAUUCGAUCAGAUCAUGCCCGUUUCAUUGCCUCAAACCCAUUCGGUCUCUUCCCGACAAUCACUGAUGUCUAAUUUAAUUAAGCCACCAACCGUUAAGGUGGUUUCCUCGCAGGGAAAGGCCGCGCAUGACUACAUUAUUCCAAAAACUUCUUCGCGAACUAGCUGCAUCGCGUGUAUCCAUGGGAAUGUUUUAUUGAAACCUUGUGGUCAUAGAAUGUGUGAAUCAUGUGUUCAUAUUUUACGCUCAAAUACGGUCAAAAGUUCAUUCAAAACAUAUUCUGAAUGUAUAUUAUGCAAGACGCCCGUUGCGGAAUUUGUUACGUUUUCCGGUAAAAAAGAGUGCCAGGGUGGUAAUAUUUCCCCAGCGAAAACAAACAUGAACAUUCAAUUUAUGCAGAAUAUUGCUGAAGAAGAUGCUCUCCGUCCACUAUCUUGGGUUUUUCCCAGUAUGGCACCAUUGACUACGAGACCUGUUCAAGCAAUGGCCUCCGUGACUAAUAGACCCCAACAAAUCCAAUUUGGGGAACUAAGCAAAUUAGCUACUGCCUUCAAUUGGCCUGUUGUUAAGCUUACUAACGAAAUAAAAACAUUUCUUUCGGCUUUCAAGUUACCUAGUGUAUCAUUGUAUGCACAAUGCAUUCAUAUCAUAAUGGAUAGAACAUCAGGGAAAACACUUUCUGAAGCGUAUAUCGAAUUGGCAACACCCGCGGAGGCACACCGUGCGGUUGAUACACGUAACAUGAAACCAUUAAAGGGACGUCUCGUUUCAUGUAUGAGAUCAUCUCAGGAAGAUCUUAUGAAAGCGGUCUUUCCAAAAUGGAAAGGGGAAUUUUCUGGUUGUGACGCUGUCGUAACUUCAGAAAUGUUACAAUCAACACCAACAGUACCUCAUGUUCCAUUUAUCACGAGAGAAGAAAUGAAUUCACUUUUGGUAGUUUGCCGAAAUUAUAAGCUCCAUUUUUCUCGUAAAUGUGCGGAACGACCAUUUGAAAACAUUAUAAGCGUUCUUUUCCCGUUUCAUCAAGGAAAUCUUUAUACAACCUUGCAACGCGAUCUUUUAUUCGAGAUGUUGAAACUCGCAAUCGAGUCGCUUAAAAUUCAUUUAAGCAAAGAAUAUCACCGUAUUGAUGAAACGUUAUUGGAACGAAUGAUGCGCGCUGGUAUUAUGACUCCAGUAUUUACUGAACGUCAAAAAUUAAUGAUUCUUCAAGUGUCAGGCAUGGCACUUCCUGCAGAUUUGCAAGAUAGUUUAACUCCUUUUAAGAAGGAAGAAACGGAACAAGUCUCUGAAACUUUUAAUCAAGUCAAUCCGACUUCUGAAACUAACACAUCUACGGAUAGUGUUAAUCUUGUUUCUUCAAGUCUUUUCCACUCAUCUCCGGUGGAAUUUCCAGAAUAUAAAGGCAUAUUUGACCCUUUCCGAGAUGAUCAUGAAUUGAGGGCAAGUUUUCUUCAAAAUGAAUUGAAAUUGGCUCAAGCUCAAGUUAGAAUUGCUGCUGCUACUACUUCGCGCCUUCCUCCACCUCAACCUUCGCCAGCACGGCCGCAACUCGGUGCCUUUCGGGCAUUCGAUGUAUGGAAUCGGCUAAACGAGUAUCGAAAUAUGGAGUUUGUAAGCAACAUAAACACUAGUAAUCAAAUUCAACCGUUACCCACUCAACAACGAAAUGUUCUUGAUCGUUUGCAUACUGAUCAUAGAAACAAUCCGUUCUUUGUUAAAGACUUUAAUUACGAAAAUUUUUAA